AAAGCAAUGACGUUUUGUGGUUUCCUGUUUAUUUCUGUUGAUAAACAAUGCCGCCGACAGUGGCAAAAAAAGCCCUUUUUCCUGUUACACCAGACCCAGUAACAGAUCACCCUAUUCAGGCGCCAACAAUUAUAGUCAUCCAGCCAGGUUCAGUGAACUUAAGGAUCGGUAGAGCUUCAGAUGCAUUUCCAAUAACUGUACCACACUGUAUUGCUAGAAAAUGCCCAAAUCCAGAUAAACGACUGCCUGAUGAUUAUAUGUUGUUACGCCCAGAAUGUAAUCACUCGGAAGCAGGUCAACAAAUUAGGGCUGGUUUGAGCUCUAUAGAAGAACUUCUGUUGUCAAGACCAACACGCAAUGGGGACUACAGACAGAUGACAUUACCAAGACAGUUAAUGGCUUUUAAUAGUCAAGUGCCAUGUGAAAAAGUUGAAUCAACAGAAUCACCCACAUGGACAGAUACUGAAAAAAAGCCAGCCUAUUUUGUAGGAGAGGAGGCAUUAUAUAUUCGUCCCAAAGAAAACUACCGUCUUACCUGGCCUAUGAGACGUGGGCGUCUAAAUGUCCAUGAAGGUCCAGGAGGCUCAUUAUCAUCUGUACUAGCAGACUUGGAAGUUAUAUGGAGUCAUGUUUUACAAGAACAUAUGGAGAUUCCAGUGAAAGAUUUGAAGCACUACAGAGCAGUACUGUUGAUUCCUGAUGUUUAUGUACAGAAGCAUGUGAAAGCAUUAGUCAACCUUCUCUUAAAUACUCUUGGCUUUGGGGCAGCCAUUGUUCAUCAGGAAUCUGUAUGUGCCACAUAUGGAGCAGGAAUCACAGUGGCAUGUGUUGUUGAUGUUGGUGACCAGAAAACAAGCAUCAGCUGUGUUGAAGAUGGGCUGUCACACAGAGCUAGCAGAAUAACAAUGGAGUAUGGUGGAAGCGAUGUCAGUAGACUUUUCCAUUCUCUUCUGGCACGCUGUGGUGUUGCCCUCACAGAGCUGAGCCUGACCCACCCAGCAGAUGUCAUACAGCUGCAAGCUUUGAAAGAAACAUGUUGUCAUCUCAAUCAUGAGCAAUUUGGUGUUACACAGACAACCCUGGAAAUUCAUCGCCCUGAUAAAAUAUUAAUUAAAUACAACGUAAAGUUGGGCGAUGAGCCCAUUUUAGCUCCUAUGGCACUGUUCAGACCUAUGUCAUUUGGGCUCUUGGGAGACCACCUUAUUCGACAGCAAGCUCGGUCAGAGUGUGAUCCAGAUGAUCCGAAUGACGAUGAUUAUCUUCGACAAACACAGCGGCAAUCUUGGGCUGGCAGAAUGGCAGGAUCUAAGAAAGAUAAUGCAGAUAUGUCCCGGGAAACUUCCGAGCAGAAUCUCAGUCAGCUAGAUGACCUCACAAAUGGACCUCUAGAUGAUGAUUCAAAUGAUGUACCUGAUGUUCUGACCACUACAGAUACAAAGUCUAGCAGAAGAGAUGAGGAUGAAGAUGUUGAGAUGGAGGAUGAAGAAAAAGAUUUACAUCUAAUGGGUGUUGAUGAAGCCAUUUUACAUAGCAUUGAAAAGUGUGAUUCUGAAGACCUUCGGAAAAAACUUUUCAGUUCUAUUUUACUGGUAGGAGGAGGUCUGCAGUUUGAGGGAGCAAUGACCUGGUUACAGUAUCAAGUCUGGCAGUCCAUGCCAGCAAGUACACGUCAACAGUUAGAUACUAUGGAUAUUAUUACAAAACCUAAGGACAUGGACUCAAGUUUCACAAGCUGGAAAGGUGGAGCGAUUCUCGCAUGCCUUGAUACCACACAAGAACUAUGGAUUCGCCAACAGGAGUGGAAGCAGUUUAGUGUGCGUUUGUUGCGAGAAAGAGCACCAUUUGUUUGGUGAAUUUUGUUUGCUAUAUUGCAUAGCUAAAAAUGAAUAGCAGAUGAUGAUUCUUAAGUGUUGUGUAAUAUAUCACAAUGUGUAUUAUUUUGUGUCAUGUAAAUAAAAAUAUUUUUUACUCAU